GCAACAACACCAUGCACGAGGACCACAUUGACCGAGGAGGUCAGGUAGAGAGCCAAAGACUGAAGAAAUGUUUCUGCAUUCAAUUUCAAAUGUAUUUUAAUAACGAUAUGAACUUAAUUUGCACUGAAGUAGCCAUUAUUGCAUUAUCGCACUGAAGUAGCCAUUAGGAGCAGUAUCAUGUCUGAGAAUGUUUGCUGUAUUUUACUGGCUACAAUCAUAGAAGGUUUGAGAAAUAUAGUAUGAAAAUGUCCAAGAUGUAAAUCUGUCCUGUUUUACGAAUAGUUUAAAUUUCCGUUAAAAAAUCAUGCUGAGAGAAGCGACAUUCAAAGCAGGGACAUGGCUGAAAUGCAACUCAACAUUGGACUGCUUCAAAAUGGCCCAAAGUGUGCAUGGAGUGAAGUUACUAUUGCCGACGGCCGUGUGGAAGCCACGUUAUGCUUGUAGUGAUUCAACUCACAAUGGAAAUGCCACUCUUGACAAUGAAAGAAGAUUUAAUGAAAUCAAUAUUCAAAUGUUGUCAAAAACGAUUCACCAGCAGAUAUUCUCAGAUAGUGACAGCAUAGCUGGAAAUGAAGAGGUUUUUUCAAGGAUUAAGGAACACUUAACUGCUCAUGGGCUGUGGGGAAAGGACUGUACUGUGAUUGAUGACAUCAAGUUGCAAUUACCAAAAUUUGAUGGAAAGAACAUCAGUGAACAUUUUGAGAAUAUUGCCAGAAAUCAAUCUCAAGAUUACAUGCAUCUUGCAAAAAAGAUUGCCAGCUCCCAACCCCCACCAAUGCCACAAUCUUGGUUGUUUGAGACCGGCUGGACAAAAUAUGAAAAGGACGGCUCAACCAAGAAAGUUUCUUGUCCUGAGGACUCGGCCUUUGUAUUUGAUGUUGAAGUCUGCAUCAAUGAAAAUGACCUUCCAGUUAUGGCAACUGCAGCAUCCGAGGAUGCAUGGUACUGCUGGCUUAGUGAUGCUCUUAUUAACAAGGAAAGUUCACACCAAUAUACACAGAGAAAGCAACCAAAUUUCUUCAUUCCCCUGGAAAACAGAGAAAAUAAAGAAAUUGAUAAAAAGCUUGUUAUUGGUCACAAUGUUGGAUUUGAUAGGAGCUAUGUGAAAGAACAAUAUUUUCUGGAGAAGUCGCAGGUGAUGUUUUUGGAUACGCUGAGCAUGCAUAUGUGUAUUUCUGGACUGACGGGUAUCCAGCGCAUUUUAAUAAAUUCGAAAAAAGCAAAAAAGGCAGAUUGGAUGGACAUAGGAUCAUUGAAUAAUCUAGUAGACGUUUAUGCUUUGUACACAAACAACGGUGUUCUCAGCAAGACGAUCAAGGACCUUUUCGUGGAAGGAACACUUGCUGACAUUCGUGACAACUUCCAGGAAUGUGUUGGCUACUGCGCCAAGGACGUUCAAGCAACAUUCGAAGUGUUUACAAACAUGUGGCCAGAGUUCCUCAAUCACGUGCCUCAUCCCGUGACUUUUGCAGGGAUGCUAGAGAUGGGGACCUCAUACCUUCCCAUUGAUGACAGUUGGGAGCGGUACAUCAAAGAUUCAAAUGAGGCGUAUGAUGAUUUGGAAAAUGAAACGAAGACAAUCUUGAUGAAGCUCGCCGAAGACUCGUGCAGACUUAUUCACAAUAAAAGGUAUCAAAAAGACCCUUGGCUUUGGAGCUUAGACUGGUCAGUGCAGGAUCUGUCUUUGAAGAAAGAGAAACCAAAAAAGAAAGCUAGAAAAUCAUCAAAAGGGACGGCAAAAGAUGAGUUGAAAGCAAGCGAGGAGCCUUGUAAGAUUUCUAGAAUCAAGACUCUCGCUGUCGAUGAGCUGCUGGAGGAGGAUAUUUCAGACUGGUACCCAGAUCUCCCCCUGGCCGAUGACGUUCUGUACAAAAGGAGACAGCAUAUGGUUGGGUUUCCGAGUUGGUACAGAAAAUUAUGCCCAAAGAUGUCUGAUCCAGAGUGGGAAGCAGGACCGUCUCUGGUCAGCCCCCAGACUCGAUACGCACCAAUCUUGCUUCGGCUGACAUGGGACGGAUUUCCGCUCUUCUUCAGUGGGAAAUACGGAUGGGGGUACCUUGUGCCUGAUCGUCAUGACAACUUGGAUUCCCCGCCAUAUGAUCCCCCGCCAAGUCAGACGGCUAAAAAAAAGAAAGGAGCUGUUCUUGUUGGACCUGACGCUUUGGAUCUGGAUGAGCCAGGAGAAAAUGUUCUGGCUAAAGAUUCCGUGUUCCCUACGGAGUCAUUUUGCGAAGCGCCAUUUCGACAACGUGUUGGCACAGCCCACAUAGAAAGCCUUUCUGACGAGGAGAUUAUGAAGCUGGAUGAAGAAGAGAUACGGAGUUUGGAAGAAGGCUCCUCCACGAGAGAUUGUUCAAUGCAUGACGGGAUAGGACCUUUCAAUGAAGUAAACUUGCCUGGUGUUUGGUUUUACAAAAUGCCUCAUAAGAACGGAGAACAGUUCAGAUGUGGAAAUCCUUUAGGAAAAGACUACCUUAGCAAAUUGGAGGAUGGGACGCUUGCAUCAUCUGGGGGCCACAAUGCAACGCGUACUUUGCAGAACAACAAAAUGAUAUCAUUUUGGAGGAAUGCACAAAAACGAAUAUGCUCACAGAUGACUGUACAUUUGAAUGACAAUGAAAUCAAUGAGACCAUGAAAUGCCAUAAAGACUACGAUCCAGAUAAUCAUUAUGGCGCCAUUUUGCCAAAGGUAAUAACAGCCGGGACUGUUACAAGGAGAGCUGUUGAGAUUACCUGGCUAACCGCGAGUAACCCGCGGGCAGACAGAGUCGGGUCUGAAUUAAAAGCAAUGGUCCGCUCGCCGCCCGGCUAUUGUUUUGUUGGUGCAGAUGUGGACAGUCAAGAGCUGUGGAUUGCCUCUAUCCUUGGUGAUGCCAAAUUUGCCGGCAUUCAUGGUUGCACGGCCUUUGGGUGGAUGACGUUGCAAGGAAAGAAGUCCGAUGGAACAGAUUUGCACAGCAAGACAGCGAACACGAUUAAAAUUAGCAGAGACGACGCAAAGAUUUUAAAUUAUGGUCGAAUCUAUGGUGCUGGGCAACGGUAUGCAAGACAGUUGUUGAUGCAGUUCAAUCACCGUUUGACUGAAGAAAUGGCGAUGGAAAAAGCAGCACAGUUGUACAAAACCACAAAAGGAUCUAUAAGCUAUGAGUUAUCUAGUUUUGGCAAAGAACUCGCAAAUAAGCAUGGUAUUCCAUUCUCAGACGACGGCUUCCUUGAUUCAACGGCGCUCAAAACAAUUUUAAGGAGAUCUAGAAUCCCACGAGGAAGAGAGAGACAGGUUGCGAUCAGGAGGUGGACAAAAGGAAGCGAAAGCGAGAUGUUCAAUAUGCUUGAGGACAUCGCUGUGUCGGAGGAGCCGCGAACCCCCGUCCUUCAAUGUAAAAUAAGUCGCUCUUUAGACCCUGGGGUCGUGAAGGACGAGUUCAUCACGAGUCGUUUGAACUGGGUGGUGCAGUCAUCUGCUGUUGACUAUCUUCACCUGAUUCUUGUUUGCAUGAAAUGGCUCUUUGCUGAGUUCAACAUACAAGGCCGUUUCUGCAUCAGCAUUCACGAUGAGGUUCGAUACAUCGUAAAAGAAAAGGACAGAUACAGGGCAGCCCUUGCUUUGCAAAUCACCAACUUGUUCACAAGGGCGAUGUUUGCAUACAAAUUGGGCAUGAACGAUCUGCCACAGUCAGUAGCAUUUUUCAGUGCAAUUGACAUUGACAAAGUGAUUCGCAAAGAAGUAACGAUGGAUUGCAAGACACCUUCAAACCCACAAGGCCUGCAAAUUGGACAUGGAAUCCCCCCAGGCGAGGCAUUGGAUAUCUAUCAAAUAUUGGAUAAAACGAACGGGGGUAAAUUGGCACCCUGAGCUUGGCUGUUGUCGUGCACAAUGUAUAUUGUCGUGCACAAUGUAGAAAAAUUCAGUUUGGAAUGUGUGGAUUGUUCUUUGUUUUUUAGGUGUUGUUUUGUGAUAAGAAAAUUCUGUAAAUAUGUGUAGAUAAAAUAGGAAAUAAUGAUC